UAUCUGACUGACUGCUAGCACACCAGCUACAGAUAAUGGUUUUAAACAGGAAAGAAUUUCAACAACACAACAAUAUAUCUAUAAGACAGGGUAAAGUGAAAUGUUGUCCUUCAUUUCCUGGUUUGUACCAAGUUUACCCACUUGGCUAAUACCUGAUGCAAAUCCUCUAGACUGUAUUUUACAAGGGCUUGUAGGAGCAUGUGGGAUCUCAGUGCUUUCCAUCCUUUUAAGGGUUCAUUUAUUCGUUGAAGCACAGAGUACAGCAGACAGCAAAGAUGACAUAACGAACAAGCGCACUCAUAUUGGUGGUCUAACAGACAGAAUCCAGUUCUGGAUCCUGACAGUGACUCUAGCCUUUGUGGGUUCAAGAGUUGCAGCAUUAGUGGUUCUUGAGUUCUCUCUUCGAGCAAUUUCAUCACGCUUCACAGCCUCAUCAGACCCACUGAGUGAUACUUUGUUACAGCUGCUAGUGCAGUGCCAGUUCUCUUUGGGCUGUGCAUUAAACUGCAGUCUUUAUUUUCUCCAUGAGGGGGCAACACAAGCUUGGCUAAAUUUCCUCCUUGCUGCAGCACUGAGCUGGUUUUUGGCCAGCCAGUGUUCCAGAUUAUGGCACCACGUAAAGACAAUGUACCCAAUACACAGCACCCAGCGGUACUGUGGGGUCUGUAUUGGCCUCCUGACGUCUGGCACAUCUAUAUUGCCUUUUCUUUGCAGUGCCUUGAUUCUAACAUUUUGUGUGGCUGGAUUUGCUGCCAUAUCGAGCAUCAACCAGCACUUUCUGUCAACUACUGAGGCCUUGAGGUUCUGGACACCACUCACAAUCUGCUACACCUUACUUGUUGUCUAUAUGCAUGAGGAGCAGCAUCGGCAGCCUAUCGGACAGGCUCUUCUGAAUACAGUGAUGGUGCGCCUUGGAGGCCUAUUAUUAUUGAUGCUUACUGUGGGAAGGUGGGAAGAUGUACUCCACAUCCUACUGUGCUUCAUUGGGGAAGCUGCCUGUCUGCUACCAGCUCAGGAACUACUGAAUAGCACCUCUAAGGAUGCUGCAGAUGUUCCCAGACGAUUUGUGACGAAAAAUGGAGACCAGAGAAGACCAAAGAAAUCAGACAAAUAUGACUGAGGCAUAAAAUGUUAAAUGGGAAGACAAAAAAGAGACUGCCAGAAGCGAUUAGAACAGGAGAGAAUGAUUUUCAGGAAAACAAGAUUUUCCAGUGUAGACUCUAAUGUGAUAUACUAAUGUAAUAGCAGCAGGUCAACAGAUCAUUUAUGGUUUGUAAAAUGGCCGACAUGGUCCUGUGUGUAUAUGACAGAUGAACUGAUUUUUGGCACAUCAAUAUUUCAGAUUUGAAUAUAAAAAGGAUAAACAAUUUGAUAUUUAUUUCAGAAAUCAAAAAUAGAAUCAAUAAAAUAUGCAGGACUGAUGAAA